AUGUCUUGCACGAUGAGCUCCAUGGUGCUCUUAACAUCGCUGUGGCUCAUUGUGAGCCACCACCACGUCCUCGGUCUGCGAAGAGGCACCGAGAAGGACGCCCGUGGCAGCUUGAUGGAACCCGACCCCUCCCGUUGCAAAGAAGAGCUUGCUCUGCUAAAGCGGAAGAUACAGGACAGCUGCGAAGAGGACCAGAGGAAUGGUGAGACGGUUUCUGACGGAGGCUGCGAAGUAGAGGCAGAGGCCGUUGUCAGCGAUGGGGACUACGAGGUCUGGAGCCAGAGCUUGGUGAAGUGCGGCCCAGAGAAGACGCACCUCGUGCUUUGGAGCGGUUAUCAAGACGCAGAGCGUGAAGAAGUCCUUCGGCCACUGCGGCAAGAGGGCGGCUGUGUCCUUCAAAGCCAGGAGAAUUCGGACACCCGGCUCGGGCAACUCCUGAAUGCUCCCGGCGUGAAUACUCUGAAGUCUUGCAGCUUUCCGAAGGUGAAAGCCUUUUGGGUUGGUGCAUCCAGGCAGUUCGCCAGCACCUGGGCUGCGAGGUCCCAGCGAGUCAGCGUCGCCAUCGGCUAUCACAUGCAGCAAGGACGGUCUUACAAGACUCUCUUCGACACAGUCUUCUACAGGAGCGAACUGAAAGCUGCUGUCCAAGCCAUCCGCGACAAGCUGCGGGUGAGCAUCCUCUUCACGCACCCCGGGAUGACACCCCAUGACAUGCAUGCAGCAACUUCCGUCAUUUACGAGAGAGCACGCUUGCUGUCGCCAGUGCCAGAGAAGUUUCAGAAGACCACCAUGUUUCACUACGGUUCCUGUACCGAAGAAAACCUUGCAUCCUGCCAACCUCCCAGUGUCCUCGACCCCGAACAUGCCACGUUCUUCUCCCACCUCGCGUUCAUGUACUACCAGGGCUGGGGGGUGGCUCGCGAUAUUCAGAAGGCACGGAGACUCAUGGAACUCGGCAUGGAGGGGGGCGACGCCAUCGCCACCACCGCCCUUGGACUCUUGUACGAGAUUGGGCAAGGUGUAGACCAAAAUUUCCACAAAGCCAAAGAGUUGUAUGAGAUUGGCAUCAAAAAGGGCGACGUCAGUGCCUUCAGCAGGCUUGGAUACUUGUACGAGACUGGAAAAGGUGUAAUUCAAGAUUUGCGCAAGGCCAAAGAAUUGUAUGAGACGGGUAUUGAAAACGGCGACGAACAUGCCAGGACCAGCCUUGGAAUGUUAUACGAGAACGGGCAAGGUGUAGCCCAAGAUUUCCACAAAGCCAAAGAGCUGUAUGAGAUUGGCAUGAAAAAUGGCGACGACCUUGCCCUCGCCAGGCUUGGAUUUUUGUACGAGACUGGACAAGGUGUAGUCCAAGACCUUCGCAAGGCCAAAGACAUUUUCGCAGCAGGCGUCGAAAGGGGCAGCACUAGCGCCAAAACUUGCCUUGGGCACUUGUACCAGCACGGCCUCGGGGUGACUCGCGACGUUCAGAAAGCACGAGAGCUUUUUGAGCUGGCCAUGAAUGAGGGCGACGAUGACGCCCCCUUUUUCCUUGGUACCUUGUACCAGUUUGGGCAAGGUGUAGCGCGAGACUUCCACAGGGCCAAAGAAUUGUAUGAGUUGGGCAUCGAAAGGGGCAACGCCGACGCCCUCGCUUCCCUCGGGUACAUGUACUACCACGGCUUGGGGGUGGCCCGUGACUUUCAGAAGGCGAGGGAGCUUUUUGAGCCGAGCCUGGAACGGGGAUGUCCCCGCGCCGCCACCAGCCUUGGUAUCUUGUACGAGAACGGGCAAGGUGUAGCCCGAGAUGUCCACAAAGCCAAAGAGCUGUAUGAGAUUGGCAUGAAAAGUGGCGACGACCUUGCCCCGGAGCUUCUUGGGCACUUGUACCGCGAUGGCCUCGCGGUGGACCAGGAUUGGGACAAAGCCAAAGACAUGUAUGAGUUGGGAAUAUCAAAAGGCAGCACUGAAGCUGCCACCGGUUUGGGGGCCGAAGAUCUGUACGAGUUGGCAGUUGCAAGGGGUAGCACUUCUGCUAUGUGGCACCUAGCCCUUCUGUACAAGAACGAUUUAAACUCCGACGAGUUGGCAUGUCAAUGGAUAGUCAAGGCGAAAGAGGCCGAGGAAUGGGAGGCUGCCGACAAACUCGCCGAAUGGCACUGCUGA